CCGUAGAUCCAGCGGGGGCUUUGGGAAAACGCCCGGAGCGGAUGCAGAGGAUGUUCUGCACAGGGCUGGGAUGUUUGAACCAUGAGUCCCUCUAGUGCAGACCCCAGGGAUGGAGCUUUAAGGAUGGUGUAAACGAGAAAAAAAAUGUAGAAAAUAUCCCCUUUGUGGCUUUAGAUGGCUUGCGGGUGAUGCGCUGUGCAAGUGCCUCAAGUUUUCCUACAAGAUGUGUUCCCCAAAUCCAGCAAACUGGGUCACCUUUGAUGACGAGCCUCUCUUCCAGUCACCUCAGAAAUUGGUUGACAAUCAGAGUAGCUCCAGACCAAAUGGCCUUAAGCUCAAACUGUGCAGUGUUCAUGAGUCUUCAAGCAGGCCAUCCUCUACAGGCAGCACUCCGCUCUCAUCUCCUGUGGUUGAUUUCUACCUGAGUCCUGGACCCCCCAGCAACUCUCCACUUACUACACCUACCAGAGACUACCCAGGAAACCCCUGCAUUCCAAAGUCUGGGAUUCACAUGCUUUAUCCCAUCCCUGAAUGGCCAUCAAAUGUUAACCCUUCUCCAUCCCCUGGGACGUGCUCAUCCCUGACCUCACAGAAACCAAGCAGCCUUCCUUUGAGCCCCUCACCUGAUGACCACCCAAGUAAGACUUUGGUCUCCAAAUCAGCAGAUGAAGGAAGUCCUAACCCACCAGGAAGCUGCGAGGAGCUGGCUCCAGGACACUUCCCAUACUUCCACAGUGACUGUGCUUUUUCCAGUCCUUUUUGGAAGGAAGGGUGCUCCCUCAGCAUGUCACCAGCUAAUGCCAGCAUGCACAGGAAGGACAAAGUGCUUGACAGGAGUGGGUGUCAUCCUAGAGACAAAGAAACUUGUCAUGAUCAGAAAAGUCUUAACCAGGGCUCCUUCAGUUACAUCUGUGAGAGGCUUGAACACCUGCAAGCUGACAGCUGUGAGGCCCUGGAAAACCCACCCAUCUCCAGCAGCCCCGCGUGGCACAAGCUCUGCCCCGCCAUCCCACGCAGCCUUUUCAGGAGCCAGAAAUCAGACGGGUGGCCAUUCAUGCUGAGGAUUCCAGAGAAGAAGAACAUGAUGUCAUCUCGGCAGUGGGGCCCCAUUUACCUGAGCGUCCUGGCCGGAGGGGUGCUGCAGAUGUAUUACGAGAAGGGCCUGGAGAAACCUUUCAAGGAAUUCCAGCUGCAGCCGCAGUGCAAGCUGUCCGAACCCAAACUGGAGAGCUACAAUGUCUCAGGGAAAAUCCACACUGUGAAGAUCGAGUGCGUGUCUUACACGGAGAAGAGGAGGUACCACCCCAAAGUGGAGGUGAUCCACGAGCCAGAGGUGGAGCAGAUGUUGAAGCUGGGCACCACCGACUACAACGACUUCACCGAUUUCCUCGCCACGGUCGAGGAGGAGCUCAUGAAGCUUCCUACUGUUUCCAGACAAAAGAGGAAUUAUGAAGAGCAAGAAAUGACUCUGGAAAUAGUGGAUAACUUUUGGGGGAAAGUCACUAAGGCAGAAGGAAAACUCGUGGAAAGUGCGGUCAUCACACACAUUUACUGCCUGUGUUUUGUGAACGGCGGCGCCGAGUGUUUCCUAACCCUGAACGACCUGGAGCUCCAGAAGAGGGACGAGCGUUACUUUGAGAAGGAGCAGGGCAAGAAGUGGAUCGAGAUUCUCGACUGCCAUUUCCAUAACUGUGUCAAAGCGCAGGAAUUUGAGCAGUCGCGGAUUAUUAAGUUUACACCCCUGGACGCCUGCAGGCUGGAACUGAUGCGUUUCAGGACACACUACAAUGGGCAAGACCUUCCCUUCUCUGUGAAGGCUGCAGUGGUGGUUCAGGGGGCAUACAUUGAACUUCAGGCUUUCAUCAACAUGGCCUCAACUGCUCACAUCCCCACACGCUUACCCUCUGUGAAAUACUGUGAAAAUGUUAUGAUACGCUUUCCUGUUCCCACACAGUGGAUCAAAGCACUUUGGACCAUGAACCUGCAGAGGCAGAAGUCCCUAAAAGCCAAAAUGAACAGGAGAGCAUGCCUCGGGGCUUUGCACGAGGUUGAAUCUGACCCCGUAAUCCAAGUCUCGGUUGGAACAGCAAAAUACGAGAGUGCCUACAGGGCCGUGGUGUGGAAGAUUGACAGGCUUCCAGACAAAAAUUCAAGUUUGGAUCACCCACACAGCCUGUCUUACAAACUGGAACUGGGAUCAGACCAGGAGAUCCCAUCUGACUGGUACCCAUUUGCUACUGUCCAGUUUGUUGUCCAUGACACCUGUGCCUCAGGAACAGAAGUGAAGUCCCUGGGCAUAGAGAGCGACAUGCAGCCCCAGAAACACGUGGUGCAGAAAGCUUUUUACAGCUGCCAGCCUGAGCUGUACAAGUCCAUCAUCGAAGAUGUGAUUGAAGGUGUGCGGGAGCUCUUUGCAGAGGAGGGUGUAGAGGAGCAGGUUCUGAAAGACUUGAAGCAGCUUUGGGAAACGAAGGUGACGCAGUCUAGAGCAACAGAAGGCUUCUUCAAACACAGCCACUGCUCUCCACGGUUCAGCCUGCAGCUGCCACACAGCUCUCACAGCCUUUUGCAGACUUCAGCAGCUUCUUAUGUCAUCCAAGCUGGCAGAGGUUUUCAGCAUUUCACAGCAGCAAAACUGGGCCCCCCACGAGUGGGUGUGACUCUUGCUCUCCCUUCGUGUGUUGCUUACCCUUUGCAGAUGCCAGCUGGGGUGAUGCUGCAGCCAGCACCAGGGCAGCUUUACAAGGUGAAUGUGCCUGUUGUGGUCACACAGGCCUCGGGAGAUGGAAGCCUUCUCCACUACCCUGUGCAGCAGAUGUUUCAUCCCCUUGGGCAAGCUUCAGUUCUGCAGGCCAGCCUGGCCAGUGUCACACAGCUGAGUGCAUCUGCUGCCCAUGCAGCUGGUGAAACACUGCAGCCCCAGGAGGCUGCUCUCCAACAGGCUGUGCUGUUUAAACCCAGCUAUGUGGAAAAACAACACCUGGAGAACUCUGCUCCCUUGGUCCAGCAGCCUUCUGUGAGUCUGCAGGAAUAUGAAAUUAAUGCAGUGUUGAAUCAGUGCAGUGAAUCCACAGAAAAAUUCCAGCAUGACAACCUUCACACAGCUGUGUUUACUCCAGAAUGCUCUGAAGGACUUUUUAUUGAUGAAUCCUUGGCAAGCAGCUCGAGCAGCGUCCUGCUGGAUGUGGAGGGGCAGCUGGACAUGGAGCAUCCGGAGCUGCUGCAGCAGCAGGUGUCUGAUGAUAUCAUUGACCUGAUUAUUGCAGGGGAAAGUUUGGAUGGAAAUGCAUUUCUGAAGGAUCAGGGCAGCAUGGCUUCCUCUCACAAGGCGGAGUCCGAUUUACCGCUGGGGAAAGAUCUCUGCAGUGACAUUGAAGGCAUAAGUCAGCUCGAUGGCACCGGGGACGUUUCUUCCAAGGAACAAAUGCCACAUCCCAAAGAUAAAGAAGAGAACGAGUUCAUUGGCUUUAUUGAUUCAGAGGAUCUGAGAGUUCUGGAUGAUGAGGAAGACUAUGAUGAAGAAUGUGACAGCUCUUCAAACAUAGAGUCCAGCGGCAGUGAUGGGGACAAUGAAGACCUCCAGAUAGACAUAGUUGAGGAGGACCCCUUGAACUCUGGUGAUGAUGUCAGUGAGCAGGACAUUGCAGACUUGUUUGGCACCGACAAUGUGAUCGUUUGUCAGUAUGAAAAGAUACAUCGAACUAAGAACAAAUGGAAGUUCUACUUAAAAGAUGGAGUGAUGUCCAUUGAGGGUAAAGACCAUGUUUUUGCAAAAGCCACUGGAGAUGCAGAGUGGUGAAACUUCAGUAUGUUCUUGAAGGCUGUGACAUUAUUUCCUUAUAAGCCUUGUGUGAAACAACUGGACUUUCUAUUGUUGUGCCAUAAAAAAACAACAAAUCAAAAGGAAAAAAAAAACCACCAAAAAACCCCCCAAAAAACCAAAACAAAAA